AUGGAACAUUUCACAAAUCAAAUACAGAUUCAUGAUGAAAACAAAAUAGAAUCUCAUGCUAGAGUCCAAAAAUCAAAAAUUAAUUCAAAUGUUCAAACUAAAUCAAAUAUACCCGUUAGAAGAAAUGCACUUUCAAAUGUUACAAAUACAAAACUUGGUGGUGGUAAACAACAACAACAUAUUAAGCAAACACAACAAGCUCCAAUUCAAUCAAUAAUAACAAAAGAAAAUGUCAUUGAAGAACAAGGAACUACAAGAUCUGCUAUUAAAAGACAAGCUAGUUCAAAUAGUAUACAUAAUAAUUCAAGUGUUUUGAAAAAAUCUAAAAAAUUAGAAUAUCAAUGGGAAGAUCUUGAUGAAGAAGAUUUUGAUGAUCCACUAAUGGUUAGUGAAUAUGUUGUGGAAAUUUUUGAAUAUUUAUAUCAAUUAGAAGAGAAAACAUUACCAUUGAGUGAUUAUUUAUCAAAACAAACUUUUAUUAAUGGUAAUAUGAGAGAUCAAUUAGUUGAUUGGAUGAAUGAAGUUCAUUUAAAAUUUAGAUUAUUACCUGAAACAUUAUUUGUUUCAACAAAUUUAAUGGAUAGAUUUUUAUCAAAAGAAAUUGUUCAAGUUAAUAGAUUACAAUUAUUAGGUACAGCAUGUAUGUUUAUUGCAUCUAAAUAUGAAGAAAUUUAUUCACCAAGUGUUUCAAAUUUUGCAAAUGAAAGUGGUUCCACAGUGGAAGAAAUUUUAGCUGCAGAAAAAUUUGUUUUAGAAAUUUUAAGUUUUGAUGUUAGUUAUCCAAAUCCAAUGAAUUUCUUAAGAAGAAUCUCCAAGGCUGAUGAUUAUGAUAUCCAUUCAAGAACUAUAGGGAAAUAUUUUAUGGAAAUUUCCAUUAUGGAUUAUCAUUUCAUUGGUAUAAAACCUUCAUUAUGUGCAGCAGCAUCAAUUUUCCUUGCAAGAAAAUUAUUAGGUAAAGAUGAUUGGAAUGGGAAUUUAAUACAUUAUUCAGGUGAAGUUUUCGAAAAAGAUCUUGAACCAAUUGUUAAAUUAUAUAUUCAAUAUUUAAUUGGUCCUGUUGUUCAUGAAGAAUUUUUUAAAAAAUAUGCUUCAAGAAGAUUUAUGAAAGCUUCAAUUAUUUCAAGACAAUGGGCUAAAGAUCUUGUCAAGACAGGUGCUAUAACAAUAUAA